GGCAUUUUUUUAUAUUGAUGCAAUAUUAUUUGUAGCAAUUCUACUACUGUGAAUUAAUUUUUGUUUCAAAUAAUAGUACUGAUGUCUUCUUAUUUGAACAAUUGGCCUUAUUUCUUAGUCAGGUCAGAUUUUCAUUGUAGCAAUUUAAUGGACAGUGGAAUGUGUACUUGUUUUUAAUUCCAGGACAUUAACUUUCAUUAUACCAUGUAGCAUAUAAAAUUAAAGAUAUAUUUUUGUGGCCAUUAAAUUUAUCAUAUCAUAUUAGCAGCUGAGGUGCAAACUAUUUUUGUGUAAAGAAAAAAAUAACUAACAGGAGUGUACAAUGCAAAAAAAACCCUAAGUAUCUAUAAUUGAUGAUAUCCCCUCUGAAAUGUUGUGUGCACUUGAAGUAGCAGCUUUGACAUUACUAUUUUAAUUCUUAGUUCAUAAUAGCUUGACUUUCUCUGUCGCAUUCAUGCGAACAUGUAAGUUACCUGUAAGAUAAACAAAACAUUUCAGUUUAAUUAAUUGAUGUCUCCUGUUAUUCAAACUCUAUAAAGAGCAUUUUGCUCAACAAUAAGUAUUGGGAUCCACAAAUUAAUGUUAGAAUGUAUGAGUACUUAAUAAUAAACUAAUAGUUUUUGAGUUUACAAACUUAUGAACACAAAAAGAUUGUUUAUAUUCAAAGUAUCAUUAAAUAGUAUUACAUUCAUAUGAUAUUUUAUGGCACGCAAAUUCAGCAUAAUACUCAGUGGAUUUUAUGUUAUGGAAAGGGCAAAAACAUAAAACAGAUUCAUGUAAAAAUGGCCUCUGCAUUCACUUACAUAAUUAUUGGAGACAAAUGGAUGGACGGACAAUCGAUCGGGUUUAAUAUGUUGAAAUCAAGGUUAUAAGUGUUACACCUCAGAUUACCUUGGCUAGCUCAAAAUUCUGUCUAAAGAGUUGAAUGAUUUCGGAACUGAAAAUUAUUUAAAUUCCAGAAUAAAAGGUUACUGUUGUCAAUUAAGUACUGAAAAAAUGUCUCAAGACACAAUUGAUGUUAACGUAGUUUUAUCAGGGUGUCGACAAAUCUGGAAAACAGGGAAAUGUCAGGGAAUUUAAUUUUUCUGGAAAAGUCAGGGAAAUGUCAGGGAAUUUUAACUUAGCCUCAUAAAAGUCAGGGAAAUUCUCAAGUCAAGGCAAUUAAUAAUUAUUUGACUAAAAUGUAACAAUUACUGCUUGCUUGCGCAUCAGUAUUUUCUGUUGCGGUUUUUCUAGGACGUUUAACAAAAUUAGUUGGGUAGUACCGUACUUUCCAGUAGGGUCUGCUAGUGUGUUUCUUUGUUCUGUGCCAGAGGCAGUUUCUUGUUAUGUUUUGGUAAUGGCUGCUGGCCGGAUUCGUGUGUGUGGAUGUUAUUACCCGUGUUUGACAGAUGUGUUAUUAUUUUAAAGUAUAUUGAAGCAUAAUGCGUUACAGGAAAGUGAAAAGCAUUAGGCCUAUUUACGAAGUAAGUUUAUUUAAAGCUCCAAAAAUUGAUAGUUUCAAAACUCUUUCUGCUGCUAUUAAAGAUCCCCUACUAGUAGCAAAGCUUGCAUUCUUCAUAACCCUGGCCAAUCAUGUUGAACCUUUUCUCACUGAAUUCCAAUCAGAUCUACCUUUGGCCCCUUUUUUGCACAGUGCUCUAUGGUAGUAAUCCAUCAGUUCUAAGAGUAAUGAAGAUGAUCAUGAUUCUGUCACAUGGGAAUUCAAACGUUGAACGGAGUUUUUCUGUAAAUUCUGAGUGUUUAAUGACGAAUCAGGAGACCUCAUUGAUUGCACGGCGUAUCGUCUAUGUUGCUGUCCUAUCCUAUGGUGAAGUGAGAGAUGUCCCUAUCACCAAAUCUCUUAUUCAUGCGGCCAGAAAUUCUCGAGCGAAAUAUGCAGAGGUGAAAGCUAAAGAGUCCAGUGAUGCUUGUUCCAAGGAAAAAGAAAGGUGGCAAAAAAGGUAUGCUGAAAUUGCUGUGAAAGACUUGGAGAAAAAAAAAGCAAAAUUGCUGAGAGAUGCUGCAAAGGAAGCAAGUCGUUUGGAAGCUGAAAUAGACACACUGAGGAAUCGGUAAUUUUUCUGCGUAGAAGCUGUGUUAUUUCAGUGUGGUCAUAUGUUUGUGUGUAGAUUGGAUUAGUACAGAUUUAGGGAUUACAUUUAAAUGGUAUUGUUUAUCUAUAUGCAUAAUAUUUUAUUUCUUAAAAUACUUAAACUUAUUUUGAAAGUUAAAACAUUUGUAUUACAUGGUAAGUACGCUAAUGUUUACUUUGCCUUUAGUUUAAGUUUUUCAUUAUUUGCAAACAUGUUACAAUGCACCGAAGGUCUGUUCAGUUAAAUAUAUAAGGUUUUUUGUUUCCGUAUACCUAGAUACUAUUAUGCAAUCGCACGCGCACACACACACUCCCACACCAAAACUAGGGAAACAAAAUUAAAAAAUAAUCUUACAAUUUACAAGAAAGGUCAGGGAAAAUCAGUAAUCUUACAAUUUACAAGAAAGGUCAGGGAAAAUCAGAAAUUUUGAUCUGGAAAACAGGGAAAAGUCAGGGAAUUUUGUAGAGCUGGUUUUGUAGACAUCCUGUUUAUUAAUACUUAAAAAUUCACAGUUAAAGUGGCAGCAAUCUCAGACCACGAAAGCCAAUACAUUUAGAGUAUGUAACUUUAGCACAUAACCUCUUCUCAGACUUCAACACAACAAAAGAAACACACAUGUUGACUGUUCGCAGGCACGGAAGAAUUAUUAUUACUUUAAAGGACAGUUUGCACUAAUGUCCCAUGGUUACUCACAAACUCACGGUACUGCCAAAAAACUCUGUCCUUGGAACGACGACUAAAAACAAAGUUUAAAGUCUCAUUGCGGGAUUCACCGACAACUGUGGUCAAAAUUUCUAGCUGAAAAAUGUUUGAAUGAUAAAAAAAAGUUAAUUUUACACAGUGACUUCCGAACUACAGCUGCAAAAUUCUCUCUUACACAACAUAAUUUUUAUAAUUCGUGAGUCCUUGCCCGGUUCCUCGUGUAGACAAAGACUAAUGAUAGGCUACACAGCCACAUCUGCGUGAUGCUGCCAAUCUGCAGCCAAUCAUAGCACAGCAUUCAAACCAUAGCAGGAUACAGUUUCUGACCCCUCGUAGAGAAUCGUUUUUUUGACAAUUAUGUUCAGAAAAUGUCAUGUGGUCUGGUGACCUCACUGUUGACCAAUCACAAAAAUACUUUACCAAAUUACCACUUUCAUUCCCUCUUUACGCAACAGGCCCAACUUUUGCAUCAGAUUUAGACCAAGAAUCAUGGCAAAAACGAAGUACUAAAGAAAGUUUCGUCAAUAUUCUCAUUUAUGAACACAGCAAAACAAAACCAUACUUAAAAUUAUGUUAAAUCACGAAUGUAAAUAUACCAACACACAAGUAACAAAAAGGGGGUUGUCUGUAAAGUCGGUUUACGGACGAUAAUUUUACGUGAUAGCAUGAUAAGAAAACAAUGAUGAAAAAAAGCAUAGGUACCUACUUUUUAAUUUUCAAAUAUUAUUAACAGUUUUUGCAAAUUUAAUUUAAAUAAUUUGUAUAUAUAUAAUCACAAACAAUUAGUUAUAGAAAUAAACUGAAAUCAAAUCAAAGUCAAUAAAUUGUUAAUUUGAAAUGACAAAAUUGGUUAAAUAAAUAAAAAAAUUUAAAUUGCUGCUUUUUAAAAAAAAGCCUUAACCUGUUUGAUAUUACAGAAGAUUUUCUUGCAUUAUGGUUGGCCAGUUCUUGCACGCUCGGCUCAGGCGGAACGUGACAAUGAGUCAUGAUUUUUCAUGCGUGCAGCCGGCGUUCAUCGAUUUAUAAGACGUUAUCACGUCAAAAACAAAGCGUAGGGGCUUAUUUAUUACAAAGUAUGCAAAUGGUCAGAAUAACUUGAAAAGCAUGAAACAAAGUAAAUUAUGAUUAUAGCUUAUAGCAAACACAGGAAACUCACUAAAAAGAAAUUAAAAUAUUUUAUUUACAUGAUAUUUUCAAAACUAACCGAUGUACUGAACAUGAUGGGACAAAAAACUAAAUUGAUUAUUUAACCAUUUAACCAGGGAGAAGGGCAUUAGCCUGGAUUGUUUCAUUACCCCUCCCACCUUUCAAUUAAAUUAACAUAAUAUUUAAUUAAAAAAAGCCUGAGAGGACAAUAUUGCAUAACAAAAAUUCCAUUACAUCAACUCUUUUCUUGCUUUGCAAAUGUGGGUAACCCCCGAAAAAUUAUAUUCCCUGCCACUUAAAAAAAAUAGAAUAGGAUGUGGUAAAUCAUUGGUGGGGUAAAUCGUAGGUAAAAUUUAAAAAUAAAAUUCAACUAGUUAGUAACUUAUAUUCUUAUAGAGCAAUACAAAUGAUUUACUUUAUGUCUGUGAUGAGGAGGCCUGUAUAAAACAAGAAUUGGCAAUUUAGAUUUUUAACAUUUUUUGAUGCCUUAAAUUUUUUUAAAAAUGAAUUUUUUUUUUUUCUGUAAAGGUUUUAAUUGUUUUUUGAACACCAGUUCACCCCACAUUUUUAAUAUCGACAUCAGUAGGGCCUUCGAAACUACUCCACAUGGGGUAAAUGGGAGGUAACUUAUAUGGGUCAUUCUCCAAAAAGUGUGCAAUUUCAGUCCCGGUCAGUUUCAGAGUAAUAUAACAUAUUUUUAAUGCUUGAAAUCGCAACAUAAAUUCAAUGGAAACCAAUAAAAAUUAAAAAACCUGUAGAAAACCUAAAUACAAUUUAAUCUCAUUUUUUAUUUGUCACAAAGUGUGCAAUAUCUCACCUCCGUGGCUUGUCCCCGCUAACAACUAAGCACUUUCAUCAGUUCACUUUAUUUGAAUGGCACAAUUUUUAUCUGGUUUUAUUUAUUUGCCAUAAUGUAUACAUGUAAACAAGUUUUUGUUGAUAAAAUAAAGUGCAUAAUUUAUUUAUUUCAUAAUUAUAUUGGAUGUUUUAUAUUUGUCCCUCACACAGGUUCUUACCUCCAUCAGUAAGACUUGAAACUGUAAUAAUUUAUUAUAGAGUGAAUUGUAAGCAACAAUCUGUAGACAAAAGAAAUGUGUGGUAGCCAUUUUGUUUACUCUUAAAAAUGCAGUUUAGUAAGUUGUUUCAAAAGUGUAUUUUCUGAAGUUUGUAGUAUGAAAUAUGGAUAUUGUGUUUUGAAAUUCUCACCUCCGUGAUAAUUAUUUCAAGGUAAGAAACAUUGUAUUUAACUUUCAUUCUAUAGAUAAAUGUAAUAAUGUGGUGAAUAAAAGUGAAAUCAACAAACACAAAUGUCCUAACCUCAAAUAUGCCACAAUUAUUUAACUUCAAGUUUAAAAUUCUCACCUCCGUUACCCUCACCUCCGUUACUUGCAAUAUUCACGGAGGUGAGAAGAAGUAACGGAGUAACAUUUUUCAACAUGUUAAUUUUGUUAUUUUUGUGAGUGAAACAUUAUGUACAUAUUAUUACAUCACAUAAAUUAUCAAGCAUUAAAGUAUAUUUCAGGCAUAAUAUAUUUAUGUAUUGGCCAUUUUAACAUGCUCUUAAAGAUGCAUUGCUAUUAAAUGGAUGUUCAAUUCUUCUUUGUGACCUACAAUUAAGGUUAUAGUAACAGAUACUUCCAUUGUUCAAAACUGUAGUAUAAAUAAUCACUAUUUUGCAAAAUCUACAAUGCAGUAUUUAAAAAAAUAAAAAUAUUGAACAUGAAAUGUCACAAGCUUCCUAAAUGUACGUAUUCAUAUGCAGAACCAUUUUUCUGGAGUGAUGCUUCAAGAAAUGUAUGCAAAGUUUACUUUCACUAAUAAUAUUUAAUUUGAAUUUUAAAUAUUUUUUAUUACUUUAACUGAACAGGCCUAAUUGUAAAUAGAUUUGUAUAAAAUUUCGUUUUAGUAUUUGCGGGAUCUAGUAAGCUAAUUACAGUUCGUUCUACAUUUCAGAAUGACUAAAAAGGACAACUGCUGUAAACCUAGUAAAAUGAAUAAAAAAUGUGAAAGUGAAAAUAAGAAAAAGUUAAUGCAAAAAUUAAGAGAAGCAAUAAGAAAUGAUCCUAUCAGAUAUGAAGAAGCCAAGAAGAAAGAAAGAGAGAGAUACCAUGAAAGGAAAAGACUGGGGAAAAUAAAGAGCGUAAAUGAAAUGAGCUCUCGGGAACAGAGGAAUAUAAGGAAAAACUGGCGACAAAGAAGUAAAAAAUAUUACUCGUCAAAAAAAAACCAAGAAAUGGAUCAAAUGCAAACUGAUUGUACUUCUCCACCAAGCCCUCAGCCUGGGCCAAGUGAAAAAAAAGACAACCAAAGUCAUAGAUUGAUAUUGGGAAAGAAAAAACGACGUUCAAACCAGCAUGCAUUUAAAAAUAAAAUUAAAAGUCUUGAAGAAAGGUUAAAGAAAGUGGAAAAAAAAGCAGAAAAAUAUAAAAAGAGACUUCAAAGAUCACAAAACAGAAAGAAGGAGACACCACGCAAAUCAGUGGCAAGACUGUUAAAAGGACAGCGUGUUACUCCAGAAGUAAAAGAGAAGUUGCUGUUUCAUGAAGUAAUAACAAAGCAAGUAAGAGAAAAUGCUGCAAAGCAUAGAAAACCUCAAACAAUCAUUGCAAGUAUUUGUGGGAAAAUCAUCAAAAAGUACAGAUACCUUGGUUACAUGGGCAAUAUCUUUGAACGGAGAAUAUGCAUACGUGGUCGUAAAAGAACAUGUGCUAAGGAAGCUAUGCGUAAAGCAAGUGAAUGUGUGAGAGAUUUUUUGGAAAAGGAUGAAAGCAGCAGGCUGUGCCCAGGAAAAAAAGACACUGUCACCCGCAAUAAAUGCAAAAAACAGAGAAGGCUGCUUAGUAAUUCCUUGUUGGAACUUUACAAGCAGUUUCUAUCAGAAAAUGCUCAUUUGCAAUUAAGUUAUUCUUCAUUUUGUAAACUCCGCCCAUUUUGGAUCCUGCCUCCAAAUGUUAAGGACAGAAAUACUUGCUUAUGCUCAAUCCAUGAAAACAUUUCUCUACUUACAAGUAAAUUAAGUCAGCAGAGCAUCAUCAUGGAACGUACACCAGAUGACAUAUGCAGAUCUUUGUGCUGUGAAAACGUGAACGAGAAAUGCUUAAUGAGAUUAUGUAAUUUGUGUAAAGAUAAAACAAUUACACCAAUUGGAACAUUUGAUGGAGAUGAACCAAUGGUUUAUGAGGAAUGGGUAACAAAGAAAGUGAAUGUUAUAAUAAAAGGGCAAAAGAAGAAAUGUCAACGGGUACAAAAGGAGGAAGUUAAAUCCUCUAAGAUAAAUGGUUUCUUGAAAUUAGAAAGCCAUAUUGACAAAUUUAUGGUGCAUGUUUGUAAUGUAAAACAUCAGCAAGCCACUAUAGCUGCUAUUAAAAGAAAUCUAACAAGUGAAGAUGUGCUUAUCCAUAUAGACUUCUCAGAAAACUAUACUUGCAAAUACAGCAGUGAAAUACAGUCAGUUCAUUUUGGGGGUUCUAAGCCUCAAAUAACACUUCAUACUGUGGUUGUAUACUACAAUUGUCCAGAAUCAUCACUUAUGAAGUCAAAAUGUUAUUGUACUUUGUUUCGGAGUCUUAGACAUGAUCCUUCUGCCAUCUGUGCUCACCUGGAACCAAUAAUUGAACAAGUGAAAGUAAUUGUUCCAAGUGUAAAGAAUGUACAUAUUUUAAGUGAUGCACCUGCUACCCAGUACAGGAACAGAAAAAUGUUUUUUUUGAUGGGGACACAUCUAACCAAUGUUUUAAAAUGUGAAACCUUUAAUUGGCACUACAGUGAAAGUGGACAUGGGAAGGGGGCGCCUGAUGGCGUGGGGGGGUUGUCUUAAAAGAACUGCAGACACAAUUGUUGCAAGAGGACGAGAUAUUCCAAAUUAUGAUACCUUGGUCAGAGAACUUCAGAAUAGUUGUCAUGGAAUUGAAGUUAUGUCAAUAAAUGAAGAUACGAUUCCAUUUAUUGACAGUGUUCUCCCUAUAGAUAUCUCAUCUUUCAAGGGAACAAUGAAAAUCCAUCAGAUUUCAUGGGAAAAUACAAACAGUUCCAUUCUUCAAGUACGACAUUUGAGCUGUCUAGAUUGUGCUGCUGGAAAUCCAUGCUGCCACUAUGGGAUUGGUGAGAUAAAUCUUGGUUUCUCAAAACGCCACAGUAUUAAAUCUAGGAUUCAUUAUAAAGAUAUUUAUACUGAUAGUGACGAAGAUACUACACCAUCACAUUGCUCUACUGUGCAUCAUGUUCGGCCAAAUGACUAUGUGAUAGUGAAAUUGGCUGGCAAAAAAAGUGUGAAACAUUUAAUAGCUCUGGUGCUUUCCGAUGAUGGUAACGAUGAAUACACUGUUAAAUACCUGAGAAGAUCAACAUCUAAGAAAUUUAUAUUUCCUGAAGUUGAGGAUACUUCUGUUGUUGCAAGAAUAGAUAUAGUCCAAAUUAUUGAACAACCUUUGGUGAACAAUCGUGGGCAGUAUUUAUUCAGCGAUAAUCUGGAAGGCUAUGAAAACCUUUCAUGAAAUGUAUUUAAAAUACUUUUAAUUUGUAAGACCAGUGUGUGUGUAUUACAAUUUUUCAAAUUAUUACUAGUAAGUUUUAAUACUGAAUAGAAACUUGCUAACUUGCUACUUGCUAACAUCAAAAUGUGAAAUUUAAGUUUAUGUAAAUUAGCGUAAUUGUGUCUUAAUAUUAUAGGUACAUUUUCUGUCUGUCUGUGGUCAUUUAUUAUACUGGCUUCUAGAGAUUAACUCUACUCUAUGAACUCUAUUCUCACCUCCGUUACCAUAAUCUCACAUCCGUGAAUGUGAACAUUUUAAUAUAAUAUCUUUUUGAAGAACAAUCACAACAGCAAUAAUGUACAUAAUACUGUAGGUAACUUGUAAUAAUAAUAAUGAUGAAAACCAUAUUUUUAAGUUUUGAGAUUUCAAAAUCCAAAUUGCACACUUUUUGGAGAAUGACCCAUAUUUAAAUUUUUUACUAGGGGGAAGCUGUUUUUUUUAAUUAAUAAAACCAUCUCAGCGUGAUUAUGACGACAUCAGUUGUGUCCCUCCCGGUUCCUGGGCCCGCUGUUGCCCGUCGCCGUCUUGUCCUGGCGCGAGUGCUUCCAGUGUAAAUAUCAUUUACUGACUAAUUGGAAGUGUAUUUGUUGUAUUCCCUGUAUUGUGUGCGCGGUUCCCCGGACCGCGUACUGUUUCCCGCUCGCCGCACGUCUCUCCUCUCCACCCGGUACGGGUCAGCUCACUGAUAGCAUCGUGUAUAGUGCUUUGCUAUACAUUAAAACAAACUACAAAUAAUUAGUAACCUUUUACUUCCGAGUGGCGUCUGGAGGGGUCGCUGUUGCCCUGGCCCCUGUUGCAAGCCACAAGGUCAGGACCCUUCCAAUCCCUGAGUUCAUGCUGGCCGGCGCCCACGUCACGAUGUCGAAACAUUCGCAACAGGGAUCAGAGAGCCAGGUGAUGAACUCCCUGCUGUAGCCAAUUUUACAAUGGGAAAAGUGUUAAGAUUAUGAGCAUGAUUUAUAAAAAACUAAAUUUUCCACCGAUCUACCCGAUCCUACCCUAUCAAAAUUAUGAAACUCACAAACUGGAAUCUUAAAAAAUGUAAUGAGUUUGGAAAUGUUCUGAAGAAAUUUUGAAAUAUUUGGUUUACAUACUUUGGACAAACAAGAAGUUGACUCAAUUCCAUCAUCAUGGUGUGGCAAAUACUUAAUAAACCAAUAUCAGUUGUACAUCUCUAGCCUGCAAAACAAAUAACAUGCACAACUGGCCUUCCUUAGCUUCAAACUGGACACACAAUAACACUCUAUGUUUCAGUAUUGCAUCCUGUCUUUCACUCCAAAACACAUUAUAAUUCCCUUAUUUUGUUAUUUGUGGCAUAUUCCUUUAAAAUUUUCUUUAAUGACACAACACAAAAGUAUUUUUGGUUCAUAUUUUAGAAACAGCAUUCACAUUUUUACUUGAAAUUUUCACACAGAAAUAUUCAAUGACACAUCAACCAA